AUGCGCUUCUUCGCCGUCGUUCUCGCCCUUGCUGCUGCCGCUAUCGCAGCCCCCGUGCCCGUCGCCGAACCUCAAGUACCCGAAGCGACCACGACCGCCACUGGAGGUGCAACUGCAAAUGGAUGCUCCAACCCUUGGACAUGCGGCAACAAACACUACAAUAUAAAUCAAAUCAUGCGUACCGUCGCUAUUCUUCUCACCCUCGCCGCCGCUGCGAUAGCUGCGCCCAUCCCACAAGAGACCACCAGUGAUGUGUCUGCCCCUGCAGCAACCACGACGGCUGCACCAGGUGGUACUGGAGCAAACGAUGUUUGCCGUAUCAUCCCGUGGCUCUGCGGUAGCUGGUAG